GUCACUGCAUGGCAUGUAUAUUCAUAUUUACCUGUAACAAAGAAAAAUGUGUAAUUCUGUAAAACUGUUUGAACAUACAGCGAGUUGUGACUGAUUCGAUCAGAGACUGCUAGGCUGACGUAUGAAAGUAGCUGAGUGAGAUUUGUAUCCAACAGGGAGCAGCAGUGAGCGCCUUAAUGACGUCAUUUCCAACAUGGCGGCGUCCUGUGGCCGCAACCUGUGCAGAGGAUGGCGAGGGAAAACGGGGUUUAUUUUAAAAAGCCCGUCUCCGGUUUGGUUUCCGAAGGCUACCUUUCACACAUCCUCAGUCGGUAGAAACGGAUUUCUGUCAUCGCUUCACAAACGAGGCUUUCUGAAGGAGUCUUUCCCUGAAAACGCGGCUCAGGUGAAUCUUCCUCAGCUGCUGCAUUCGGCCCCGCAGACCGUGUACUGCGGCUUCGACCCGACCGCCGACAGCCUGCACGCCGGCCACCUGCUGCCGCUCAUCGGCCUGCUGCACUUCCGCAACGCCGGGCACCACGUGAUCGCGCUGAUCGGCGGAGCCACGGCGCGGAUCGGCGACCCGAGCGGCAAAUCCAAGGAGAGAGAGUGCCUGUCAGCCGCCGUGGUGGACAGCAAUGCCAGGUCCGUGCUGGAAAGCUUGCACCGGAUCUUCACCAACCACGAGCUUUACUUCUGUAGCGAUCCGCAGAGACUGGGCACCGUGCGCGUGCUGAACAACGCCAGCUGGUACCGGGACUGGACCGUGGUGGAGUUUCUGGCCGAGGCGGGCCGGUAUUUCCGCAUGGGCACUCUGCUGAGCAGACACAGCGUGCAGUCCCGCUUAAAGAGUGCCGAGGGCAUGAGUCUCAGCGAGUUCUCUUACCAGCUCUUCCAGGCCUUUGACUUCUAUUACCUGCAUCAGGUGCACGGCUGCAGAAUACAGCUGGGGGGCACAGAUCAGCUGGGGAACCUGAUGUCCGGCCAUGAAUUCAUUCACAAAAAGACAGGAGAGGAAGUAUAUGGACUGACAGUACCACUGUUGACCACCUCAAUGGGAGAUAAGCUGGGAAAGACUGCAGGAAAUGCUGUAUGGCUGAACCGGAAUAAAACGUCUCCCUUUGAGUUCUACCAGUAUUUCCUCAGACUGCCAGACAACAAUAUGGAACAUUACCUGAAGCUGUUCACCUUCCUGCCACUGGCUGAGGUGGAGAAAGUGAUGGAGCAGCAGCGGCAGGAUCCAGGCAAGAGAACAGCACAUAAACGGCUUGCUGCUGAGGUAACCAAGCUGGUGCAUGGCAAAGAGGGGCUGGAAAGUGCCAAACGAUGCACCUACGCUCUGUACCACAGCAGCAUCGAGGCUCUGCAGCAGAUGGAUGAUGCUGAACUGAAGGAGUUGUUCAGAGAAGCACCAUUUCAGGAGUUCUUUCUAGAGCCAGGUACCACGGUACUGGAUGCCUGUCGUCGGUGCCAGGCCAUUCCUGAAGGACCCAGAGGGUAUCAAAUGAUAACUGAUGGUGGUGUGUGGAUUAACCACCACCGGGCCUCAAACCCUGAGCAGGUACUUGUCCCAGGUCAGCACAUCCUCUCGAACGGACUCAGUCUGAUCCGAGUGGGCAAAAAGAACUUCUACAUCAUUAAGUGGCUGAGCAUGUGAUUCACAUCUUAACUAUGGAUAAAUUAAGAGUCUGCACAAAUGAAGUACUGGACAUGUACUCGUUGUACAAGCCAUACACAGAGUGAUGUUUGUUUAUGGAACCACAGGGCUGCUGAUCAGUGGAUUUUGUAAGGCUCCUUGUAGGAAGAAGAGACCGGCUACAAGGAGCCGUGCUGCAGAAAUAUAGAAGAACUGAGAAAAGAUCCUAUUAAACACUGCGUUUGUUUGUGUGUUUUGUCUCAGAAAUUUUAUACCACUCAUGUUAAGAACCAGGAAAAUGUUCAACCUUUUAAAGUGCAGUUAUACAUUCUGCCACAAGAUGUCAGUCAAGUGUUGUUGUUUUUUUCUAGAGGCCUAUACAGUUUUAAAUUCCUUUCUUCCAAGUUUCAGAAAUUAGAGCAACCCCGGUCCUGCACAUUUUCGUGUUUGCCCACCUCUAACUCACAUAGUUCAGGCUCAUAAGUUGAAUCAGGUGCGCUGGGACCAAGAGAGAAAAAAAAAAAAGCAGGACCAGGAUUGAGAAGUACUACAUGAGGUGUAUGAUGUAUAAUACAACCUUGUGAGUUGCAAAUUAUUAUUAUUUUUUUAAUUAAGUCAUUUGAAGGGCAAGAUUUUGUUACACUUCAUAUACCAUAAAUGCAAGAUGUCUCAGAUAUUCCCACUUCUCAAAUAAAUGUCACACUGGAUUGAGGAAAAACACAUCAUUCGUUUAUUUUGAAAGACAGUAUUACUGGGAUUACUGCCAUGUGCCAAUAAUAAAAUUAUGAAAUUAGGGGAAUAAUUACCUAGCAAGAAUUGUGUGCCUCAGGCAUUUGAGCAACUGAAUGUCAGUCAUAAUGGACACCAAAUGUAGUCAAAUCAUAAGCAGAAUUAAGGGAGGGGUCCGCUGUGUGGUUUUGUUAAAGUGUUAGUCGAUUACCUACGUUUGCACGAUUUCAUCAGAGUUUCUAGAAGUCCUGAUUAAUCACUUCUAGAAACAAGCAUGAUUGUUUGACUCUCUGGACCACUGAGAUCUCAGAUUAUGUCAUGUUUUACUUCCACAUAGUUGUAGUAAUGAGUCAUGCAGCGCAACAAAACAAAAAAAAACAAACCCUAUA